AUGCUCCGCGAAGGAUACCAUCAUGCAUGCAACUACCGCCGGCUGAGCCCAGAGGACCUUCGCCAACGAUACCCCCAUGGAUACCUUUCCUUCGAUGGUUAUGGGGAUAUGAUCUGCCGGGACUGGCCCCGACUCGAGCAGAUAUUUGGUCCGCCCGAUGACCUUCCACUCGACGCUUCCCAACCCGCCCUGUCGUCCAGAGAAAUGAUCAAGGACAACUCUGACGCAGCCUCCCAAAUCGUCGACUUCGUUGACCGCAUCAACAAUCAGUAUCAUCAGACCAUGCAGGAGACCCCAGGGUUCCAACGAUGGUCUACAUACUUCAAUAACAACAGAAGCGACCGAGCUGAUUACCCCCUCUUGCAGGGCUUAGAUAAUGAGGUCAUCUUGCGACGAUACUACAACUUAACCAUGGGUUCCAACCGGAACCGACCUGAUUUUCCCUACUGA